AUGCGAAGCUCAUCCAUCCUCGCCGGGGUUGCCCUGUUGGUGGGUUCUGUCCAAGGCCUGAACAUCUUGAUGAACAAUGAUGACGGCUUUGGAAGUGCCAACCUCAGAGAAUUCUAUAAGGUGCUCAAGGGCAAGGGACACAAUGUCUGGAUUGUCGCACCGGCUACACCCCAGAGCGGCCAAGGAGGACGGUCUGAUUUUACGACAUACCCGAAUUUGACGGCAAAUUCGCAGUACAACCUGGUUCCUGCCGGCAGCCCAUCAGUUGGUCCAGAUCCAGUUGAUAGCCAAAUCUGGUACUACAAUGGAACACCGGCUGCGUGCACUUUCGUCGCACUAGAUUACGUUUUGCCCAACUUUGCCAACUUCAGCGUGCCCGAUCUCGUCGUCACUGGGCCCAACUAUGGUACCAACCUGGGCCCGUUCGUGUGGACCUUGUCAGGAACUGCCGGCGCUGCCUACGCCGCUACUUCCCGAGGAAUCCCGGCUAUAGCAUUCUCGGGCUCGAACUCCGCAGCGUCGUAUAAGGCCAUCACGAAUUCCACCAACGAGUAUACUUGGCUUGCUGAGCUGUCCGGUCAGAUCGUGGACGCAUUCACUGCCACUGCGCAGAGGCCGAUUUUGCCUCUGGGUUACGGCGGAAACGUCAACUACCCGAAGCUAUAUUCAAACUGGAGCGAUCUCGAAAUCGUCAAAACUAGAUACACCGGAGGAGCCGAGACUAAUGAAGCCGUGCCCGGAAGCGUGCCAGGGACCUUCACCUGGGCCAAUGUGUCUCCCAGGAGUCCUGGCGUUAACACCUGCCUGAACGGAGACUGCUCCUUGCCUGGUGAGACCGAUACUGUGAACGCAGGCAAGGUGGCUAUCAGUCUGUACACAGUUGACUACACUGCGCCCAAGAACUGCAACACGACUGCGAUCCUGCAACGCCUCGAUGUCUUGACAGAAAAGAAUUAG